GCGGCGUCGGCGUCGGCGUCGACGUCGGCGACCGGCUCGACGGACGCUCGUCUAUGUGAAACGACGCGCUCCGCGGCUGGUCGCGGUGUGUGUGCCGUGUGUUGCGGACGGCGAGCGGAGCGGAGCGGAGUGGACGCGCGAGUACACGCGGGACGGACGGGCGGAUGGACGGUGUAUACCUGCCGCGCGAGUGAGAGUGCACGCGUGGGAGUACGAAGGAUCGAGGUGCACAGAAAGAGAGAGAGAGAGAGAGAGAGAGAGAGAGAGAGGUACAACAGCAGGCGUUUUCUGGGACCGGCUUCAGCUGCGCGUGGAGGGCGGCGAGCUGGAGCGAGUAUUCCUCAAGCCGCCGCGGAGCCGACGCGCUACCUUCGUCGACGCGACGUCGCGUUGAUCGCGAGGGACCAGUCGCAUCGGCCGGGAGAAGCCCAACAUUGUGAAUGCACACGCGCUGAGAGAACGGCCCACGGCGUGUGAGCGCGUUCCUCUUCUCUUCUCGCUGAGAGCGUUCGUCGGCCUGCGGAGGACCCGAGAGAGAGAGAGAGAGAGAGAGAGAGAGAGAGAGAGAGAGAGAGCCGUCAUCGAGAGCGGAUCGCCCAACGACGGGUGGCGAACUCACUGGCGAUCACAAGUACUGGCAAGCUACGAGUCGCCGGCGAGUGCGAGAGUGCAACUUGUCUAGUCCGCUGCAUUUAAACGCGAAAUCUCGCGCGGGAUCGCGCGCGAGCCCGAGGAUAUUAUUAGAGGAAUUGAUUCGCCCCAGUCGUAGCCAGCACCCACGUGUGCGAGAGCGAACCCUGCACGCUCACCGGGACGCAGCCGCCGAGCGUAGCAGCAACGCGCACCCUGGUGUUCCCUGGGAACGGCGCACGGCCCCUCAGCCGGAGGCUGGCCGGGUAGCUGGCCGCUUCCAUCGGCUCCACCAGCGUGCGGGACGAGUGCCGGAGGAGGAAGUGCCAGAACGAACGAAGCGAGAGAAGCCGACGGCGUAGUCGCGAUUUUGCUCGCGGGCAAACACGACGAUCCGAUUUCCGCCUUGAGAGCCACCGGAGCCACAACCUCGAGUGAGAGUGAGAGAGAGAGAGAGAGAGAGAGAAACGCGAGAGACGCGAGAGGCACCCGGGUCCAUUCCCGUCUUGACGCAACUUCGCUCUCAGCCCCGACGCGGCAGUAUGCCUCGCACCGACUUCCGGCUACCAUUCUCCGCCGACGCGUCCGGCGAAAGCGCGAGGAUCGUGCGCGCGGGUACCGCCGACCACGAGAGACACUGAUCGCGAGGAUCGCGCGCGCGCGCGCGAUCAGCAGCCCGCGAUCGGCGUGCAUCGAGCGAAGCCGGAGCGGACCUCCACGUGGUGCGUGUGACGUCGGACGAGAGAGAGAGAGAGAGAGAGACAGCCUCGAACAGGACAGCUGUAGGGACGCGACAAAUGGGCACAAAUGAUUAGCUUAGCCCUGGCAAGCAGGAUCGAGAUGCCGCUCUCCAAACCGAAUCCGUUCGUGCCGGCGAGCGCGAUCUCGACGCAGGCAGCGUACAUCUCGAGCAGCGACAGCAGCAACCACCUGCCGCCUAUCGUCAAAGGUACCGGCCUGACCCUCAAGCAGACCGGCGGUGGCGGUGGCGAUCAUGCGGUGCCUUACAUCGGCUACCAGAAGCUGCCGUGGAAAGCCGACAGUCUGAGCCUGGGUCUGAGUUCGUACGUGAGCCACAAUUCCAGUCACAACUCGCACUCGCAGCCGAACAGCCAGUCGAGCAGUCCGGUGGUGAAGAACGGCCGUUCCGAUGGUAACUCCAGCAGUGAACGCGCACGUGGCGGUGGCGACGGGAGUAGCGGCGGCGGCGGCGGCGGCGGCGGCGGCGGAGGAGGUGGUGGAGGAGGAGGAGGAGGAGGAAGCGGCGGCGGCGGCGUCGUUAGCAUCAGCAAGCCCAAGACGAUGACCGUCACGCCGGAGAUUGUGAUGAAGCUCUACAUGAACAAGCUGACGCCGUACGAGCACCACGAGAUCUUCAACUACCAGCAGAUCUACUUCAUCGGCGCGAACGCGAAGAAGCGGCCGGGCAUCAUCGGCCGGCCGAACAACAACGAGUACGACAACGAACAGGGCUCGUACAUCCACGUGCCGCACGACCACGUGGCGUAUCGCUACGAGGUGCUGCGGGUGAUCGGCAAGGGCUCGUUCGGCCAGGUGGUGAAGGCGUACGAUCACAAGACGCACGAGCACGUGGCGCUCAAGAUGGUGCGCAACGAGAAGCGCUUCCACCGCCAGGCGCACGAGGAGAUCCGCAUACUGCGCAAGCUGCGCGAGCAGGACAAGGACAACACCAUGAACAUCAUCCACAUGUUCGACUCGUUCACCUUCCGCUGCCACAUGUGCAUCACCUUCGAGCUGCUCAGCAUCAAUCUGUACGAGCUCAUCAAGAAGAACAACUUCAAGGGCUUCAGCCUGCAGCUGGUGCGCAAGUUUUCGCACUCGCUGCUGCUCUGCUUGGACGCGCUCUACAAGAACAAGAUCAUCCACUGCGACAUGAAGCCGGAGAACGUGUUGCUGAAGCAACAGGGACGCAGCGGCAUCAAGGUGAUCGACUUCGGCUCCAGCUGCUACGAGAACCAGCGGGUGUACACGUACAUCCAGAGCCGCUUCUACCGUGCGCCGGAGGUGAUCCUGGGCGCGAGGUACGGCAUGCCGAUCGACAUGUGGAGCCUCGGCUGCAUCCUCGCGGAGCUGUUUACCGGCUUCCCGCUGCUGCCGGGCGAGGAUGAGGCGGACCAGCUGGCAUGCAUCAUCGAGAUGCUCGGCAUGCCGCCGCAGAAGUUGCUGCAGACCUCGAAGCGGGUGCGGCAGUUCAUCAGCUCGAAGGGCUACCCGAAGUACUGCACCGCGACGGCGAUGCCGGACGGUACGACAGUGCUGAGCGGGGGUCUCUCGAGACGCGGCAAGCUGCGGGGUCCGCCCGGCUCGCACGACCUUGAACGCGCCCUCAAGGGCUGCGACGACGUGCUGUUCUUGGACUUUCUCAAACGUUGCUUAGUGUGGGACCCGGAGAACCGGAUGACACCGAACAAGGCGCUCAGGCAUCCGUGGCUGCGUCGCCGGCUGCCGAGGCCGCCGGGCGACAAGAACGACACGUUGCCGGCGGUGACGACGGCGCAGCCGGCGACCACCGGUGGCGGCGGUUCCACCCUGAGAACCUCCGCGUCCGGCAGCAGGAGCUCCAGCAAAACCAACAGCUUACAGAGCGGCAGCAACAACGUCGGCGGCGGCGGCGGCGGCGGCGGCGGCGGCGGUGGUGGUGGUGGUGGUGGUGGUGGUGGUGGUGGUGGUGGUGGGGGUGGUGGUGGCGGUAAGUCAAUCCAGGAGAUGUCCGUCUCCACGAUUUCGGGCUACGCUUCGGGCUUCGUGGCUCCGCCGCCGUUGCAUGGGUCUAAUUGGUCGAACCUGAGCGGCCACCAGUCGCUCAACUCGGUCGGCGGCAGGAGCUCCAGCAAGACCAACAGUCUGCAGGGUGGCAACGCGAACGACGACGUUCCCGCGAGCAAGACGAGAGAGCAGAGGGAUCGCAUACUCGCGGAGGUGUACGCGGGUUACAGCUCGACGUACGUCAACCCGUCCAAUUGGGGGAACCUGAGCGGACACCACUCGCUCAACUCCGUUGCCGGCGGCAGAAGCUCCAGCAAGACCAACAGCCUGCAGAGCGUCAGCACCGCCGGUGAUAUUAUCUCCGCGAGCAAGACCGGGCAGCAGAGGGACCGCCUGGACGACCUGUCGAUGGUGAACCCGUUCUUGGGCUACCCCUGCAUGUCUGAGUCCCACUUGCACGGGAAUCACCGGUCGAAUCAAUCGAGCAGUCAUCAGUCGCUCAAUUCCGUCGACGGUGCGACGUCCGUUAAGCAGCGCGUCAGUCGUCAAGUGCACCAGGCGCAGCAGCAGCAACAGCAGCACAACAAUAAUGGGUCGCAUGGCUCGUCCCACGACAACUACAGCUCCCACGGUUCUUCCGGUAGUUCUAACCGACUACACCCGACGGUUCAGGAGAUCCUUAACGAUCUCAGACGAUAGGCCGAGAUGUGCGACGCCACCUUUUCUCGCCCACUGCCGUCCCUGGCGCAGCUGCUGAUGAGCGCGCUUCGUCGCGACCGACCAAGGAUCGCGCGAUUCCGCCGUAGACAGAGGGAGGUGCAUGAAGAGGACGAAAAAGAAGAAGAGGAAGAAGGUGAAGAAAAGACGCAAGGAUAAGGAUGGUCCGGUCCCGGUCACCCGACGUGAAACUCGGCUGUGGCGCUGCCUCCUGCCGUUCGGCCGACGACCCAGGUCGCUCGACUCCGCGAGGGUCACUCAAGGUCGAGAGGGUGGGCGACGGGUCUCAUCAUCGAUCUCUCGCUGAUACCGCUGUGAUUCACGCGUUGCGUUCGCACAGUCGCCGUUGCGUGUGCGCGGGGCGUGAGGUAGUUAUAAUCUGGAUUCUCUUCUUCAGAGGUGCGUGUGAACAAACGAGGACGUCAGACAGCGAAAGAAAAGAGGAAAGAAAGAAGGAAGGGAACGUAGCUCGUUGCUCGCGUUGACCGCACGACGGCCACGCUCCUCGCUGAAAUUCUCCCCUGAACGUUAUCGAUCGAAUUACCGUUGUUUCGAGCCCGGUACGCGUCGUACAUCGUCGUCACCGUCGCCGUCGCCGUCGCCGCCGCCGCCACCGUCGACGACGACGACGACGACGACGACGACGACGACGAGUACGAGUCAAAACGGUGGCAUCUCUAGCUGGAACGCGAGAAGCAACGGUAAUCUCGAAACGAGAGCGAAAAGACUCAUUUUCGCGGAUUCGCCGUCGGCGUUAUAACUGUUUCACGCCUCGACAUACGACCUACGACACGGUACGAGACCGGUUGUCGUUUACCUCGAACACACACAACACACACACACACACACACACAUACAUCUUAGAACUCGUCGGCGACGACGACUCGCUUCGCGUUGCUCUCUGGCUGCCCGCUCGUAGCCGGGAUUUAUUCCUGCUGCCAUUGCUGCCGCCGGUGAGAAGGAACGCGACGGCGGCGGUCGCACCCCGCCUUUAGCCGUCCGUUUCCGCUACGACAAUCUUUCGAGGAGCGCGACAGGUCGGCGGGAAAAUGCGAAACGGAUCGAACGCGCGAGACCGCUCGAGGGCAAAGCGGAGCGGCGCUCGUCGUCGGGCCCUUUACCACGUACCACCUCCGUUUCACGAGGUUUGUUCCUUAUUUUUUUUUUCUCUCGAAGGUUCCCGCACUCAUUCACGCUCGCAUUCGCUCAUUCGGCCGAGCGGUGUCCGAGCACCGCACAGCAUCGUUCGUCCGACGAAACGCGACCGACGCGGCGGUAAUCGCGAAGGAGCGAAUCAUCGGAACGUAAGAGCGCGUUUUUCCCAGCUGUCGUGCGUGUCUAACGAGCACUCUAAUUGACAAAACGAUACACGGACGCGGACGGCGCGCAAACGUCAGCGACGCGACACCGUCACCGCGACAAAAUACACGAACGACGACGCGCUCCUUCGUGCUCGUCGUCGCUCGACGUCGUUGUAUUUUUCCAUUCGAGCCGGCGCACACGACGAGCAGCACGAAAACGACAUAGAAAAUGAUCCGGCGGCACGACGGUACGACAAUCGGGUCGAUCGCAAGUAUAAAUCAGCUGACGGACCGCUCGAGGCUGCACGGUAGGUCGAGCGGAACCGCAACUGGCAUUUCCAUAAAUUCCGAUUCCGAGAAUGAAGUAUGAUUAAUGCGACUUGGUCGUCGAUCACUCUCCUCAUGGCCGCGGGGCACGACAGUAGUCGCGGGCGACUUGGAGGUUAUUGUGCCAAGGGGGAGCAGAACUGAAGAGACCACCCUCGGGCCUGGUGGAGUCGUCGGCUCGAUAGGAACGUCGUAUACGUGAUACAAUCCGUUGGAUG